AUGGCGUGCCCCAAGGCCGAUAUGAAGCGGCCCGUGCUGCUGGGCUCGCGCCUGGCCGGCCGGAAGGAGCCCAAGGUCAAGAGCAAGGUCAGUUCCAAUCCCAAGACCAAGUGUUUGGACGAUGCCCGGCUGCUCAUGCUUAUGGAAGCCAGGAUAAACCGAGAGGAUGGUGCAGACAAUAUGAACGCGAUGACCUUCGGCAGUUCUGCUGUCCCGAAGCCCCUCAAGUCGGGAUCUCGCGUCGUCGGGUUUGGGUGUUCCGCACCUCGCUUCGCCGCCUUGGCAACCGCUGGACCAGGGCCGGCGCACUACAACGUCCGCAGAUGGCCCCAUGCCGUGCGUGGAUCCUUUGGGAAGGAAGAAAUCUUCGAGGAGUGCCACAACCAUUCUGGCAAACAUCAUCGGCUGUGCGAGACGACGGUGACGCUUCAGCCUGUCACUCUUCCUGACGGCAAGGUGCUGCUGCCGUGGACAGGGUGA